AUGGAACAGGAGAACCUCACCACCCCUGUGACAGAAUUUAUUUUGGGGGGCAUCUCUCAGAGCACUGAGCUCCAGCACUUCCUCUUUCUGGACUUCCUCCUAGUCUACGGGACUACAUGGCUUGGGAACCUCACAAUCAUCAUCACCGUGAUCUCUGACCCUCACCUCCACACACCCAUGUACUUCCUGUUGGCGAACUUGGCUUUCCUGGACCUCAGUGAGUCCUCAGUGACUGUCCCCAAGAUGCUAAAGGACCUCCUGUACCAGUGCAAAACCAUCUCAUUCAAUGGGUGUCUGACCCAGAUGUUCUUCUUCCACUUCAUCGGGGGCACUGUGGUCUUCUUCCUAGUAGUGAUGGCAGCUGAUCGGUAUGUGGCCAUCUAUAAGCCAUUGCACUACCUGUCUAUCAUGAACAGAAGUAUGUGCAUGGGGCUGGUGGCAGGGGCAUGGCUGGGUGACUUUGUCCAUUCCAUUGUCCAGCUUGCACUGAUCAUCCAACUGUCCUUCUGUGGACCCAACACACUAGAGAGUUUCUACUGCGAUGUCUCCCAAGUCAUCAAACUGGCCUGCACAGACACAUAUGUGAUGGAGUUGCUGAUGGUCUCCAACAAUGGGCUGGUCACCACAGGAGCCUUCAUCGCAUUGCUCAUAUCCUACACCAUCAUCCUGGUCAAGAUAAGGACACAUGUCAUGGAAGGGAAACACAAAGCCCUGUCCACCUGCGCAGCUCAGAUCACAGUGGUGAGUUUGCAUUUUGGGCCUUGUGUCUUCAUCUAUGACCGGCCUUUCCAGAAAUUGACAGUGGACAAGGCAGUGUCUGUGCUGUACACAGUGGUCAUUCCAAUGCUGAACCCAAUGAUCUACAUCCUGAGGAACGCUGAGAUGAAAAGUGCCAUCAAGAGAUUAAUGGGAAGGUUCCUGUGCUCAAGGAGGAAAGCAAACUUCUAA